GUGUGGACUGUCAGUCAAACCGACCCGCCCCAACGCGUCUCACACUGGAGGCGCACAGUUCUCAACUGCUCCAACAGCUGUGGAGUGGCUCUUCUGUGGCUUCCCGCAAGCAACAUCCAGCGUUAAACGGCCAAAAUGUAAAGGACAAGCAACCUUACACCACUUUCUGAAAGUAGGUGUUGAAUUGAGGGGCAGCUCGGUCAUAAAACGAUGCGUAAAGUUGCUGUUGCGCAGCAGGGGCUGUGGAGCCAAAGAGGAGAGUAAAUAUUCUGCUGGGGGAUCAAAGGUUUUCCUGGAUGUAAUGGACUUGUCAGCAAAGCAAGCCUCUGGGUGUCGUGAAAAUCUGAAGCUGUGAGAGAGAGAGAGAAAAAAAAGAAAGAAAUUGCUACGACUUGAAAAAGUUCGUGUGUUUUUGUAUUUUUUUUUUUGUUUCAAUUCUAGAGUUUGGCGAAGUGCGCAGCAGGAGAACAGAUGCUGGACAGUGACUAAGGUGCGCAAGAAAUAAAAACAAGCACAUCAUCGCGCAACUACUAUUUUCCGUCUCUGUCAACAGCUUGAUGAUAUGUUAGACUUCAGUCCGCGCGGGUAAUUUCUCCAGAAAGUUGGACGCAGCUGAUGCCACUGACCCGACAGCAGCCAGUGGAAACUCGUGUUGUUUACACUCUUCUGUCUCCGUCUGCGUAACAUGGACGAGAGUGUUGAGUCUGCUGCGGCCGAAAGCUGCUCUGACGGGGAGAGCGUCAGCCUCAGCGUGCUCAACUGGGAGCAAGUGCAGCGCCUGGACACCAUCCUCACCGGCUCCAUCCCCAUCCACGGCCGCUGGAGCUUCCCCACCCUGGAGGUCAAGCCACGCGAUAUCGUCAAGGUGGUCCGGAGCCGCAUGGAGGAGAAGCGGAUACAUGUCCGGGAGGUGCGCCUGAACGGCUCCGCGGCCAGCUACGUCCUGCACGAGGACAGCGGCCUUGGCUGGAAAGAUCUGGACUUGAUAUUCUGCGCCGAGAUGAAAGGAGAGAUGGAGUUUCAGAUAGUGAAAGACAUAGUUCUGGACUCUCUUCUAGACUUUUUGCCCGAGGGAGUGAAUAAAGAAAAGAUCACACCAGUGACUUUAAAGGAGGCCUAUGUGCAGAAGAUGGUGAAGGUGUGUAACGACUCCGACCGCUGGAGUCUCAUCUCCCUCUCCAACAACCGUGGCAAAAAUGUGGAGCUGAAGUUCGUGGACUCGCUUCGACGGCAGUUUGAGUUCAGCGUGGACUCCUUCCAGAUCCGCCUGGACUCGCUUCUCCUCUUCUACGAGUGUUCGGAACACCCGAUGGCUGCCACGUUCCACCCCACAAUCCUCGGCGAGAGUGUCUACGGCGACUUCCCCACGGCCCUCGACCACCUGCGGAAGCGUCUCAUCUGCACACGGAGUCCCGAGGAGAUCCGGGGCGGGGGCCUGCUGAAGUACUGUCACCUCCUGGUGCGAGGUUUCCGCGCGGCUUCAGAGGCCGAGAUGAAGCUGCUGCAGCGCUACAUGUGCUCGCGCUUCUUUAUAGAUUUCCCUGAUGUGAGCGAGCAGAGGAGGAAGCUGGAGUCCUAUCUGCAGAACCACUUUGUUGAUCUGGAGGACAGGAAGUACGACUAUCUGGCCACGCUGUACGACGUGGUGCAGGAGAGCACGGUGUGCCUGAUGGGCCACGAGAGGCGUCAGACUCUCAGCCUCAUCUCGUCACUGGCACUGCGAGUCUUGGCGGAACAGAACGCCAUUCCCAACGCUGCCAAUGUCACCUGCUUCUACCAGCCGGCCCCUUAUGUUGCAGACUGCAACUUUAGCAACUAUUAUGUAGCACAGGUUCAACCUGUUUACGCCUGUCUUCCCUCGCCUCCUCAUCAGUAUCUAACUUCCCUACAACAUCCCAUCUAUGGCACCUGGUUGCCCUGUAACUAAACCCUGUGAGCAUCCUUGCACUUUUGUGUAACGAGUGGAAAACACGGCCAAUUAAAAAGGAUAAAAGGUGAUAUCUUUAUCUCUUCUGUGAGGUUGUAAAUGUAGGGACACGAGAAAGAAAAUACUGGGGGGAUAAAAAGACAUUAAAGUGCAAAUAAAAGAAGAGAAUAAAAGAAAGAAGGGAAACGAGGACAAGGAACCUGGAUCAAGGCAGUGAGCCAGAGUAAGGAUUUUCCUUGGUGUAGAGUGCUCCAGCAUGGUGCCGCUAAGCACACAGGAACUGAUGCCAACGAGAGAGGCUGAUCAUCCAUUUUAUGGGUCUCAAGAUCAGUUUGGUAAAGCAAACAACAAGGACGCGUUACCAAGCUCAGCCUCAGAAUCAUGAACAUCAUGAUAGGUUACGCUGCACAGGAACUCAAACACACAAGAAAACCCAUCAACCAAAACACACACGACCACGGAGAGACACAGAUGCACAUGAUGCCAUUAAGACUCUGAACAUGAUGCAACGAGGACAUUGAUUGAUGAUCAAACAACAGCAACUCUCUGACCUUUCGCAUGUGCUCUGUUGUUCGUGCGUGGGUGGUUG